AUGUGGAGACUCUCACAAAGAAAACGGCUUCUGUUCACAGUUCAAAAUGGUCUCAGGAGACGAAGAGAAAACCCAUUAUAUUCCUUCAAAUCUAAGGCCUUCUCUAGCUCACAACCCCAAUCCGCCGAAGAAGAAGAGUCCCCAAACUCUAUUAGGGACAUAUCAAAGUUUAUCAAAGAAGAACCACCCCAGUACAUUGCGCGAGAAAUAUCGAAAUUUCUCAGAGAACCCAAUUGGCAAUCAGUCAUGGAAUCAUCAGAGGUACCGAAGAAGCUGAACCCACGUGUGGUUUUUACUGUUCUUCAGCAAUACACCAACAGCUACAACUGUGUGGGUGACCUCAAACGUCUUGUUGAUUUCUUCUAUUGGUCCAAAUCAAAAGUGGGUCUUUCUCCAACUCUUGAUUCUUUCUCUAUUCUUGCUAUAAAUCUUUGCAAUUCGGACUUGUUUGGUCCUGCAAAUGGGGUUUUGGCACAGAUGAUAAGAACCCGUUCACCAGUUUCGGCGAUUUUAAAUAAUAUUUUGUAUUGGUUUUCAACUAGUGGGCGUUCUAAUGCUAUAGUAUUUGAUAUAUUAAUUGACACUUACAAGAAGUUGGGUAGGAUAAUGGAAGCUACUGAUGUGUUUUUAGGAGCAAAAGCUAGUGGUAUUUUGGCUAGUUUGAGGUGUUGUAAUUCGUUGUUGAACGAUUUAUUGAAGGGUAAUAUGAUGGGGUUUUUUUGGAAGGUAUACAAUGCAAUGUUAGAUGCAAAGAUGAGUUUUGAUGUUUAUACUUACACGAAUUUGGUUGUCGCAUUCUGUAAAGUUGGGGAUAUAAAAGAGGCCAAAAUGGUUCUUUUUGAAAUGAAUGAGAAAGGAUGCAAUCCCAAUAUGUUUAGCUACAAUGUGGUAAUUGAAGGAAUGCUUAGGUUUGGAGCUAUCACUGAGGCGCUUGAGCUGAAGAAGUUUAUGAGUGAGAAGGGAUUGGUUCCUGAUAUAUAUACCUACACAAUAUUCAUUAAUUGGUUUUGCAAGGAGAAUAGAUUAGAAGAGGUGGCAUUGAUGUUGGAAGAGAUGUCAAAGAUAGGUUUGAAGCCUCACUAUGCAAUGUACGCUACUGUAAUUGAUGGGUUCAUGAGGAAAGAUGACAUUGAUGAGGUUUUGAGAGUGAGGGAUGAGAUGGUUGCAUGUGGUAUUCAGCUAAAUCCUGUGACAUAUAAUAUACUUCUUCAUGGUCUUUGUAAGGCUGGAAAGAUGGAGAAAGCAAAUGAAAUUUUGAAUGAGAUGAUUGAAAUGGGCUGCAAACCUAAUUCCCAAACUUAUUGUGUGUUGAUUGAGGGUUUUUGCAGGGAGCAUAAUAUAGGCCGGGUGUUGGAGCUACUUAGUGAGAUGGAAAAGAGAAAAUUGGUGCCCACUUUUGUUACUUAUGGUAUAGUGAUUAAUGAGCUGUGCCAGUCCAAGGAUCUUCGCCAGGCACAAGGCUUUCUAGGGAAAAUAAUGGCAAGUGGCUUAAAGCCAAAUGCCAUAAUGUACAGGAAUCUUAUUGCAGGCUAUGCCUGUGAAGGUGGGAUUGAAGAUGCAAAAAGGGUUCUGCAGGAAAUGAGUGAAAAAGGAGUUGUGCCUGACAUAUUUUGCUACAGUCCUAUCAUUAACUAUCUCUGCAAAACCAGAAAGAUGGAAGAAGCACGGUCAUACUUACAGGAAAUGGCGGUCAGCGGGGUAACCCCGGAUGCUGUUACCUAUGGGGCUUUUGUCUGUGGAUACAGUAAGGAAGGAAAAAUGUUAGAAGCUGAUAAACUUUUUCAUGAGAUGCUUAAUCAUGGCUUAAUGCCAAACAAUGUCAUUUACACUGUCCUUAUCGAUGGGCAUUUCAAAACUGGAAAUCUAGUGGAAGCUUUUUCAACAUUUAGAACCAUACUUGGCUUACGGGUGCUUCCAGAUGUGCAAACUUACAGUGUUUUCAUCCACGGUCUCUCAAAGAAUGGGAAGGUUCAGGAGGCUGUUGAGAUCUUCACAGAGCUGAAAGAGAAGGGUUUGCCACCUGAUGUGUUCACUUACAGCUCUCUUGUUUCAGGGUUUUGCAAGCAAGGCGAAGUAGAGAAAGCAUUCCAACUUCAUGGUGAGAUGUGCUCUAAGGGUAUUCAUCCCAAUAUUUUUAUUUACAAUGCUUUGAUUGAUGGACUAUGCAAGUCCGGUGAUGUUUUGAGGGCCAGAAAAUUGUUUGAUGGUAUUCCUAAGAAGGGUUUAGCAUUUGACAAUGUGACCUAUGCCACAAUGAUAGACGGGUACUCCAAAUUGGGGAAUAUGAUGGAGGCUUUUUGUUUAUUUAAUGAGAUGCAGUCGAAGGAUAUUCCACCUCAUAGUUUUGUCUACAACACUCUUGUACAUGGAUUUUGCAAAGAAGGUGAUUUGGACAAGGCCGUAAACUUGUUUAAUGAAAUGGUGCAGAAAGGCUUUGCUACCACUCUCUCUUUUAACACUUUAAUUGAUGGAUUCUGCAAGUCAUGGAAACUGCAAGAAGCCAACAACUUGUUGCAAGAAAUGACUAGUAUGGGGAUCAUGCCUGAUCAUGUGACUUUCACAAUUUUAAUCGACUGGCACUGCAAGGCAGGGAAGAUGGAUGCGGCAAACCGUCUCUUUCUGGAGAUGCAGGAAAAAAAUUUAAAGCCAGACACUUUAACUUACACGUCAAUCAUGCAUGGUUACAACAUUUUGGGGAAAACAUCAGAAGUAUUCGCUUUGUUCGAGAAGAUGGUGGCAAAUGGUAUUGAGGCAGAUGAAGUCACUUAUAAUGUACUGAUUGAUACUCACUGUAAGGAAGGAAACUUGGUUGAGGCUUCCAAUUUGCGGGAGAAGAUGUUAGGGGAAGGUGUGCCAGUGAAAGCAACUGUUUAUUCUUCAUUCUCACCAUGA